CAGGCUUUCUAGGGCUUGGAUCUGCACGUCUGCUGGUGCGUCACAUGAAAUUGCGCAUAGUUGAAAUGGCGGAGACCAUGGACAGGAUGGAGGUGUCUCAGGGGGAGAGCUCAACAAAGCCUUCGGCGGAGGACAUGACUUCCAAAGACUAUUAUUUUGACUCCUAUGCCCACUUUGGCAUCCAUGAGGAGAUGCUGAAAGAUGAAGUCCGCACACUGACCUACCGUAACUCCAUGUUCCACAACAAGCACCUGUUCAAGGACAAGGUGGUGCUGGAUGUGGGCAGUGGAACUGGGAUUCUCUGCAUGUUUGCUGCUAAGGCUGGGGCCAAGAAAGUCAUUGGGAUUGAGUGCAGCAGUAUAUCUGACUAUGCGGUGAAGAUAGUCAAGGCCAACAAGCUGGACCACAUUGUGACGAUUAUCAAAGGGAAGGUGGAGGAAGUGGAGCUGCCUGUGGAUGACGUGGACAUCAUCAUCUCAGAGUGGAUGGGCUACUGCCUCUUCUACGAGUCCAUGCUCAACACGGUCAUCUACGCCCGUGACAAGUGGCUGAAACCAGAUGGGUUGAUUUUCCCAGACAGAGCCACGCUGUACGUCACAGCCAUUGAAGACAGGCAGUACAAGGACUACAAAAUCCACUGGUGGGAGAAUGUGUAUGGCUUUGACAUGUCCUGCAUUAAGGAAGUUGCCAUAAAGGAGCCCCUGGUGGAUGUGGUGGAUCCCAAACAGCUGGUCAGCAGUUCUUGUCUCAUCAAGGAAGUGGACAUCUACACGGUGAAGACUGAGGACCUCUCCUUCACCUCCCCCUUCUGCCUGCAGGUGAAGAGAAAUGAUUACAUCCACGCGCUGGUCACCUACUUCAACAUCGAGUUCACACGUUGCCACAAGCGCACGGGAUUCUCCACCAGCCCAGAGUCCCCGUACACUCAUUGGAAGCAGACCGUGUUUUACCUAGAUGACUACCUGACAGUCAAGACUGGAGAGGAGAUAUUUGGCACUAUUAACAUGAAGCCUAAUGUCAAGAACAACCGAGACCUGGACUUCACAGUGGACAUCGACUUCAAGGGUCAGCUCUGUGAGGUGUCCAAGACCUCUGAGUACAGGAUGCGUUAGAUACUCUGCCAUUGAAAGGAAAUGCAGGAGGUAGUUGUGGGGUUAGUGUGAGUGUGAUGCAUUCAUUCUCUGCCUAAACUGUGACAUAACUGUUUUACACAAGAUUUUAAAGAUUCUGUUCUGCUUUUUGUGAAAUACUUUUGUUCAGAGGUUGCUAGUUUUUAAAAUUUGGGUUUAAAUGAAGAUGAGGCCGAAGUAGAACACCAAGAAAAUGCUGUGCAAUACUCUCAUAGAAUGUGUUCGUUUUAUGUAGGUGUACCGGCUUCUGUCCUUUUUAGUGACAUGUUUCCCAUGACCGUACUCGGCACUCGAUAAACAAUUUGUGCAAGCUCGAACACACAUGUUUACACAACACACACACACACAUGCUGACCCCUCAACUCGCCUGUAUGUUGUGUUUGUUUAAAGAAAAUCUCUCAUUUGGCCACAUGUUUCCAUUGUAACUGUAUGGAAGCCUGUUGACAUGGCAAUGCCCUCUCCCACUUUUUUUUUUUUUUUUGGUUUUGAAGACACACUUCCUGUAAUGGUUUUCUUUCCUUGGCCAAUCAGUGUGUCUUUUUUUUUUCUAGUGGGGCAACAAGCCUACCAUUGGUGAAUUUUGAAUUACAUUAAGCUAUAAGAAACAAUAACGGUAAUAAGGGUUCAGUGAAAAUGUUGUGAAAAUUCUGAUGAAUUCUGACAAAGUAGUAAUGAGACCUUCCUAGCAUGGGGAUUGUCUGUGAUCCAUGUCCAAGUUUCAGCCAGACUUCAUUUGAGUGCUGCAGCUCUUCAUUAAUUGUGUUUAACACAAGGUGGCAUGUCCCUGUUCUCAUUGUGUUUGGCACGACACAAUCUUUUUGUCCUCGAGGAUAAGCGGAUGCAGUGCAGUUAUUAAAUGGUGAUGUAGUUUGUGCAGUUUGUGCUUAGAGGCAGAAGGGACAUCAGUCUUCGGCAAGAGUUCAGCUUUUGGCUGAGUAGAGUGUGUCAGUGUUAUCACAAUCUUACAAAGGUACCAGAAAACGUCAGUGUUAAAUGUUGAACUCUACAAUAUAGGUCAGAAUCCAUUACGAAUGUGCACGACCCUCUCCACCAUUC